UCCCCCAAAACCCUUCCCCCUCGUCCCGCCGCCAUGAAGCGGAAGCAGAGCGCCGCCGCCGCCGCCGCCGCCGAAGUCGACGCCGACGAGCCCUCCCAGGCCCCGCUGCCCCUCGACGACUACUCGGGCGACGUCUGCGCCGCGCUCACCGCGCGCUACGGCCGCUCCGCCUCCGCGCAGCACCGCCACCUCCUCGCCACCGCCGCCGCCAUCGGCUCCAUCCUCACCGACGACGGGCAUCCCCUCACCGCCGAGUCCUACCUCCCCGCCGUCGUCUCCGCGCUCCGGGCCGCCGGCCCCUCGGACCCCGCCGCCGCCGCCGCCCUCGCGUCCCUCCUCGUCAUCCUCAUCCCCCACAUCUCCUCCCUGCCGCCGGCCUCCGCCUCGGAGCCCGCCUCCUCGCUCGCCGCCUUCCUCGCCUCCCCUGACGCCUCCAAGCUCCCCACCGGCACCGUCCGCUCGGUGGUCAAGUCGCUCGGCCAGUUGGCCCUCCAUCUCGACGCCGCAGCCGAUUGGGGCGCUGUCGCCGCGCCUCUGGAGGCUCUCCUCGCUGCCUCGGUGGAUCAGCGGGCCAAGGUCCGAAGAUGCGCGCAGGAGAGUGUGGAGAAGCUAUUUCCUUACUUGGAGCGUUCCGGUUGUGCGAAGAAAGCUAGCGGCCUUGCAAUUGACUUGUUUGAGAAACACAUUUUGUCGGUGAGAAGUCUUGCCAAGUUGGAUUCAGACGCUUCCGAGGCUAAGGAGACGGAAGCGGUUCAUAUGCUAGGCGCGGUGGCAGUUUUAGUUCCAUAUCUAUCUAAGAAGGCAAGGAAGACGGUUUUCUCGGGUGCUUAUCGGCUAUUGAAACCCCGUUUUAGCCCACUCACAAGGCAUGUCCUCAGGCUUAUGGAGGCCUUGUUGGAGCAUCUUAAGGCUGAGAAUAUUGAGUUGGAGUUGGAGAAGCUCAUCUCCUUAGUGUUGGCUUACCUGCCUUACGAUGAGAAGAAGCCUGAUGAUACCAUCAUCGCAGCAUUACAGCUGAUGAGAAAUUGUUUAGGGAAACUGGCUGGUCGCCCAAAAUUGUGGACAAAGGUUCUUCCGUCUGCAUUCGAGGCAGUUUCAGGAUACCUAAUUCUGGACAGUAAAUGUUCUGAAGAUGUAGCGGAACUGUUAAUAGAGUGCAUCUGUUCUCAUGUCGACCAAAGUAUUUUUGUGACUAAUGAGUCAGGGUGUGAUGCUGAGGAUUCGAGUGAUGGGGCUGCCAUCAAAUCAAUCUGUUUGUCUAUCAACAAAAAACUUAGAAAGUGUGCUUCUCCUCCUCAAAAUGUGUUAAAAAUUGUCCUGGCUAUGUUUCUCAAACUCGGGGGGAGUUCUUAUGUCUUUAUGAAAGAUAUCCUACUAACUUUGUCACGGCUUGGCUCGAAAAUACACAAAGAACCACACCUGAAGAAUGUUGAGGAGUGCAUUGGGGCAGCAAUAGUUGCUAUGGGGCCUGAUAAAAUUCAUUCUCUACUUCCAAUAUCUUUUGAGGAGGCUUGGUUUACAUGCUCAAAUAUGUGGAUUGUACCCAUUUUAAACAAGUAUGUUUAUGGGGCCUCACUGCAACACUUUUUAGAGUACAUUGUACCGCUAGCAAAAUCGUUACAAGAGGCUUCAAGCAGGGCCAAAAAAGCACGGAAAUGUAAGGAAUUGCAAGGUUGGAGUGAUCAAUUGUGGAAUUUGCUUCCUGCCUUCUGCCGCUGUCCGUCUGAUGUAGAUCAGAAUUUUGGUUCCUUGUCCAAACUGCUGCUAGAGAUGCUGAAGUCUGAUCGGUGUCUCUACAAAUCCGCUAGUAAAGGCCUGCAGCAACUUAUAGAUGGAACUAGAAGAUUAAGCAGCAGUGAUGAAGAUGUAGAAGUCCCUGCAGAAGUUUCAGCCUUGUUCUCCUCAAAGACUAGUAACUUAAGCUGUGUAAGCUUACAACGGUGCUCUAAAAAAGAUGCUCGUAAAAGCAUGAAAGUCUUGGCAUCACAUUCUGUGGAUCUUCUUUGCACUUUUGCAGAUGAUUUCCUUGAAUCAUCAGAAAAGCGUGCUCAUUUAAAGGAUGCGCUGAGAUCCCUGGCUCAAAUUUCUGGUAGCGCAAACAUCUGUAACCUUUUUCUUUCACUACUUAAAAAAUGUGGUUUGGAAGAUACUCCAUCGACGCCAGAGAAUCUAGAAUGUGAAGCAAAUGAGGUAGAUGGAAAAGGCGAAGAGAAUACUGAUUCAACAGCGGAGAUAAAUAAUAAGAGGUCUCUACUGAUGGAACUCAUUUCAACACUAGCUGAAGCUGCCGAUGAGGAUGUGCUUGAUUUGUUUUUUGGAUUCAUCAAAUCUUCUUUACUGGAUAGCAUCAAGUCAUGUGAGAGCAAAGCUCUCUUCGCAUUAAGCACAAUUUUGAAGGAACACCAUGAAUAUUCGUUAGCCCAGUUGGAUGAAAUAAUGAUGCUUCUUCAUGGAAUAAAGCCAGAUUCUAACAAUGCAGUUUUAGAAGGUCAAUUAGUAUGCUACAAGUAUCUGUUGGUUCACAUGAUUAAGGUUAAUGAAGAGAGCACAAGCAAGAAGGCAUUCUUGAUUCUAAAUGAGUUAAUACUUGCAUUGAAGUCUAAGAAGGAAAGUAGAAGACUAGCAUACGAUGUACUCCUGGCUAUUAGUACUAGCUUGAGGAGUUCUGAAUUGAAUAACGGAGAUUCAGAUCUUCAACGGCUAUUCACAAUGGUGAUGGGAUAUCUUUCUAGUCCGUCUCCUCACAUAGUGAGCGGAGCAAUAGCUGCACUAUCAUUGCUUAUAUACACUGAUGCUGAUUUCUGCGUGGAAGUUCCAAAUUUGAUACCGUCAGUCCUAGUUCUGCUGCAAAAUAAAGCUAUUGAAGUGAUUAAGGCAUCUCUGGGGUUUGUUAAGGUGUUGGUAACAUCUUUGCAAUCAGAAAAACUGUUGGGUUUGCAAGCAGAUAUCAUGACUGGCAUAUUACCAAUGUCAUCUGUUACAAAGCACCAUUUCAAAGGGAAGGUUAUACUAAUAGUGGAAAUAUUGAUCAGAAAAUGUGGAUUUGAUGCCAUUGACUUGGUUACACCUGAAAAGUACAAGGAGUUCGUUAGAAGUGUUGAAGAGGGCCGCAAGGGGAAUAAUAAUAAUCCAGUAGAUGGUGCACCGUCCGAGGCGAAAGAUCCCGAGCAUCAUGCUCCAAAGAGAGGAAAAUGGGCCGAUUCCAACGCCGAGUCUGGGCAAGAGGAAGCGCCGGCCGGGAAGAAGGAAUUCUUCGUCAAAGGGGCGAGGAAGCCUCACUUCCGGGGCGGCAGAGAAUCGAGAAACCCCCAGAUCGGGAAGGAAAUAUCGGAUACGGACGCACCGCAGCGCAGGGAGGCCGGCCGAGGGCUCGCUUCAAGAGCCCGUGCGGGCUCUCUCGCGGCCCAUGUGUACAUGGCCAAGGAGACGGAGACCAACGAGAUCGUCGCGCUCAAGAAGAUCCGCAUGGACAACGAGCGCGAGGGCUUCCCCAUCACGGCGAUCCGCGAGAUCAAGAUCCUCAAGAAGCUCCACCACCAGAACGUCAUCCAGCUCAAGGAGAUCGUCACCUCCCCAGUCGACGGCAACAAGUACAAGGGGAGCAUCUACAUGGUCUUCGAGUACAUGGACCACGACCUCACCGGACUCGCCGACAGGCCCGGGAUGCGCUUCACUGUGCCGCAGAUCAAGUGCUACAUGAAGCAGCUGCUCACAGGCCUGCACUACUGCCACGUCAAUCAGGUGCUGCAUCGAGAUAUCAAAGGUUCUAACCUUUUGAUAGACAAUGAGGGUAACCUCAAGCUGGCUGAUUUUGGGCUUGCGAGGUCGUUCUCUAGUGAUCACAAUGGCAACCUGACUAACCGUGUCAUCACCUUAUGGUAUAGACCUCCAGAACUGCUUCUCGGAAGCACAAGGUAUGGUCCAGCUGUUGACAUGUGGUCUGUGGGUUGUAUUUUUGCUGAGCUUCUCAAUGGAAAGCCAAUCCUGCCAGGGAAGAAUGAGCCGGAGCAGCUGACCAAAAUUUUCGAGCUUUGUGGCACCCCUGACGAGUUAAUCUGGCCUGGUGUCACUAAGAUGCCGUGGUACAACAACUUCAAGCCUCCCAGAGUAUUGAAGAGAAAAGUUAAAGAUGCCUUUAAACAUUUUGACCGGCAUGCUCUGGACCUGUUGGAGAGGAUGUUAACUUUAGAUCCAUCACAGAGGAUACCAGCGAAGGAGGCACUUGAUGCAGAGUAUUUCUGGACUGAUCCCUUGCCAUGUGACCCGAAAAGUUUGCCAUCGUAUGAGGCAUCACACGAAUUCCAGACUAAGAAAAAACGUCAGCAGCAGAGGCAAGCGGAGGAAGCUGCAAAGCGCCAAAAAAUAAAUCAUCCUCCCCCACAUUCUCGCUUGCCUCCGAUCCAGCAUCCAGGCCAAUCACACCAGAUCAGGCCUGGCCAUGCACCACCUGUGGCAGGUGGCUCGAGCCACUAUGCGAAACCUCGGGGACCUGGAGGGCCUAACAGGUACCCGCAGGGUGGGAACCAAGGCGCAGGCUAUAAUAACCCGAACCGCGGAGGGCAAGGCAGUGGCUAUGGCAGCGCCCCGUAUCCUCAGCAAGGAAGAGGACCUCCUCCGUUCCCUGCAGCAGGUGCUCCACGCGGUGGUGCCGGCAGUGGCUAUGGAGUCGGUGGCCCAAAUUACCCACCAGGCGGUCCGCCGUAUGGCACGUCCGGUCCAGGCCGAGGAGGCCCCAACUAUCCUCAAGGCGGUUCUCGCAAUCAGCAGCAGUAUGGUAGCUGGCAAUAAUAUUUGUCAUAUCACGUCGCGGUGAUACGCCCCUCCAGUUGGAGUAUUUUUAUUUGUAGAAUCUUUGCUGUCCAAAUUCUACUUUCUGUGAUUGUUGUGCAACAGCUCUUAAGGUACGUCCUUUAUGAUUCAAGCUGUAUUUUAUCAAUGUAUAAACUGAGAUUGUAGCACAACAGGCUAUUGCAGUGUCUCGUUUAUGAUUCAAUUUGUAUGUUAUGAAUACACGAAAUGUAUAAUCACCUUAUGAUUCAAGCUGUAUGUUAUGAAUGUAUGACCAUUAAUGAGA